UUCUUUCAAUAAUGUUAAUAUCAGAGAGACAGCUUAUCCUUAAGGCUUGACCCAAAGCCACUCACUCGUGCGUGUGUAUAGCGUAGCAGCUAAUAGCAAUGCCCACUUUGAAUCUCUUCACAAACGUUCCUGUCGACACCGUCGUUGCUUCUGACAUUCUCAGAGAUGCCACCAAAGCUGUUGCAAAAAUCAUCGGAAAACCCGAAUCCUAUGUGAUGAUUUUGUUGAAUGGGGGAGUGCCUAUUGCAUUUGCUGGAACUGAAGAGCCAGCUGCUUAUGGAGAACUGAUCUCGAUUGGGGGCCUUGGUCCGAGUGUCAAUGGAAAACUGAGUUCUACAAUUGCAGAAAUUCUUGAAACUAAGCUAUACAUUGACAGUUCCCGUUUCUAUAUCAAGUUUUAUGAUGUUCAGCGCUCAUUCUUUGGGUUCAAUGGCUCAACCUUUUGAUCUAACUUUUUUUCUAGUAAUAGAUUGUGAGUUUCACUGGGGGAAAAUCUGGCUAAUUCUUCUUCCUGUGGAUUAUUACAAAUUUGUAUCCAUGAUUGUAUGAAUGAAUACAAUUAAUUUAUCAAAAUGGGAAAAUCCGUCCUCCUUUGUUCCUUUUUA